AUGGGAUUAAUUGCUUUCUACAGAGACACCCCAAUUCCCGUGUCUCCUUCGUGGCAGUACCCGCAGGUGCAGCAGCAGCAGCAGCAGCAGCAGCAGCAGCAGCAGCAGCAGCAAGACGCAGACACCAGCAGCUUUCUCUCCGACGAUUUCUUCUCUCCUGACCUCAUCUACAGGGAAACGAGCAGCUUCGCGCUGGCGUGCAUUGGGGUGUAUCUACUCCCGGUGUUGUUUGUGGUUUUUUCCGCUCGCGCUCAAAAUGAGUUUUCAUUUUAUUUUUCUGCUGCUGCUUCUUCUUUCUUUGCUUCUCCUGCUGCUGCUGCUGCUGCUGCUGCUGCUGCUGCUCCUUCUUUUUCUUUUCCACUUUCUCUCGAGUCUUCUCUCCACGCCGAUCUUCGCCUCAGCCUCGCCCUCGACUUCCUCGACAUCACUGUCAUGUUCAACGACGCCCUAGAGCGGGACCGGCAGCUGCAGCUGGUGGGGGAAGGCGCAGCAGCAGGCGACUGGGUGGGGCUCUUCACCCUGGUGCUGUGCAUAGUGGACGUGCUGAGUCUGGGGCUGGCCUUUGCUUCCUGGGGGCCCCCGGGGGGCCCCCAGCAGCAAGGAGAUAUAUUUGUGUCUGCGAAGUUUGAAUUUCUUGUUGGUUUGCUGCUGGUGGAUGUUCCCUUUUUAGUAGUGAGGCUUUACUGGAUGUGUGGGGCCCCACAGAAGCUGUUGUGGUUUUUUUUGAAGAACAUCUUCACCAUUUGCAUGCGGCCUUUGAAGCUCAACCAGUGCCGUUUGGCCGAGCGCGAGAAGGCCAAGGGGACCCAAAAGUCCAUUUACGAGAAGCCCGGCAGCGAGCUGCUGCUGCAGCAGCAAAUCCGGCAGCAGCAGCAGCAGCAGCAGCAAAAAACGCGCACAAAGAUGCCCCACACGGGCCCCUACGCCCCAGACCCGAAAAACGCCGCCAAAAACUACCUCCUGCAGCAGCAGCAGCAGCAGCAGCAGCAGCAGCAGCAGCAGCAGCCCGCAGCCACUGCUGCUGCUGCGGUCGGCAGGGGCGUCCUCGAAAACAUACAGCGCCUCCGCCAGCGCGGCAGCAUGCUGCGCCAGCGCCAGCAGCAGCAGCAGCAGCAGCAGCACACUGCAGCAGCAGCAGCAGCAGCAGCAGCAGCAGCAGACGCCGGCGGCUCCUUCUACGGCAGCAGAGACUUUGCUGCAGACUCGCUGCUCCCCAGCAGCAGCGCAGACACUGCAGCAGGAAGAUCAACAGCAUCUUUUGAGUCUUUGAAUGAAACUCUGAGGGACCGCAGCUGGGUCCCCGGGCCCCUUCCUGCUGCUGUGCUGCAGCAGCCGCUGCUGCCUCAACAAAGUGCUGGACGGCUCGGCCUACCUUUCGGCGUGGCAGCAGCAGCAGCAGCAAGUGGCUUCCAGCCCAAACACGCCAUUGCUUUGCUGCUGGGGGUUUCCUUUCUUGCCAAACCCCUCAUUUACUUUUUGACUCUUUCUUUGGCGCUGCUGCAGUCUCUUUUUGGAAAAAGGUUUUACACUUGGAAAAGGGACAAAUACGUCCUCAGCAGCGCGGGUUCCCCGCUGGAGAGCAGCAGCAGCAGCAGCAGCAGCAGCAGCAGCAGCAGCAGCAGCAGCGUGUCCGUGAGCAACGUGGUGGUGUUUUACCUGUGCCGGAUGGGGGCUGCGCCGGUGUCGCUGCACGGGUUGCUGCUGGGUCCAAACACUGUUUUAGGGUUUAGGGUUUGCGACGGGCUGACGGAGGCUUUGUGGGUGGAGUGGCUGCUGGGGCUAGGGUUUAGGGUUUGGGCCCUCUCCCUCCGCCUCAGCUGGUACUCCUUCGGGGUUUACUGCUGCCACUUGCUGCUGCAGCUGCUCUAUUUGCUGCUGAGCCAAGCCACGAGGGUUUUGGUGCUGCGGCGGUUUGAGUUGAAGUUGCUGCUCGAGGGUUUGGUGGCUUUGCGGCCGGACGACUUGGGGAUCUUCACUGACAGCAGCAGCAGCAGCAGCAGCAGCAGCAGCAACGCGCCCCUUGCUGCUGCAGCAGACACGCGCAAGUACAAAAAGAGCAGCAGCAACGGCUGCUUGACUCUUGCGCAGGAGUUCGAGGCUUUUCAAAGAGACGGCUUCGUCUCUUCUCCCGGAACUGUCUUCCCUGGAGUCUUCUAG